CGCCUGAGUUAGCCCAGUGUUCCCCCGGAUCAGAGUGUUGCUGAAGCUCCAGCCACCACCAAACAUGUCGGCUCCUGCUGGGCCCCGGGGCGGCCCUGCUCCUCCUCCCCAGCCUCCUCCACCUCAGGCCGAGAUGCCCGACCUCAGCCACCUCACGGAGGAAGAGAGGAAAAUCAUCCAGGCCGUCAUGGAUCGCCAGAAGAAGGAAGAGGAGAAGGAGCAAUCCGUGCUCAAGGUCAAAGAAGAACAAAAACCACAAGCGACACAGUGGUUUCCCUUUAGUGGAAUCACUGAGCUGGUAAAUAACGUUCUUCAGCCACAACAAAAACAGCAAAAUGAAAAGGAGCCCCAGACGAAAUUACAUCAACAAUUUGAAAUGUAUAAAGAGCAGGUGAAAAAGAUGGGUGAAGAAUCGCAGCAGCAGCUGGAGCAGAAGAGUGAUGCUCCAACCUGUGGUAUUUGCCACAAAACAAAAUUUGCCGAUGGCUGUGGCCAUAAUUGUUCAUAUUGCCAAACUAAAUUCUGUGCACGUUGUGGAGGAAGAGUGUCUUUACGCUCAAGCAAGGAGGAUAAAGUGGUAAUGUGGGUAUGUAACUUGUGCCGAAAACAACAAGAAAUCCUCACAAAAUCUGGAGCUUGGUUUUAUAACAGUGGAACAAAUACACCCCAGAAACCUGAUCAGGAAGGUUUUAGAGUGCUGCGGAACGAAGAAGCACCUAAGGAGAAAAUAGCAAAGAUACAAGAGCAGUCUUUAUCAGCAUUGGACCGAGGCAGAUCUCAAGGGCUCACAAGGCAAGAAUCCAUCAACGGCUCAGGAGGGAAGCAUCAGGCACCAGGUGACACGGCAGACAGAAAAAGAAGCCCAUCAAUAUCCAGAGAUCAGAACAGAAGGUACAACCAACGGGAGGAGAGAGACGAUUAUUCACAGAAUGCAACAUCAGACAGUGCAAUGCCAAGGUCACCAUCAGAUUAUACAGACAGGCGAUCACAGCGUGGAUCUCAGUUAUAUGAUGAACCAGAACUUGAUGACUACAGAGAUUCUAACAGGAGGAGUCGCAGGCGUUCAAGGGAAUACCCUUUAGAAGAAGAUGUUGUGCAGAACAGAGAGGAAUAUGAGAGGCAGCGGCAGGAAGAGGAGUAUCAGGCACGAUACCGAAGUGAUCCUAAUUUGGCUCGCUAUCCUGUCAAACCUCAACCAUAUGAGGAACAAAUGCGCAUUCAUGCUGAAGUGUCUCGAGCACGUCAUGAACGAAGGCACAGUGAUGUGUCUUUGGCAAAUACUGAACUGGAAGAUUCCCGGAUAUCUAUGAUAAGAAUGGAGCGGCCAUCAAGACAAAGGUCUGCCUCUGAACGCAGAGCUGCCAUGGACCAACGUUCAUAUUCAAUGGAAAGAACUCAGGGACCAAGUCCCAAUCGACAGAGGACCACGAAUCACAGCCCUCCAACACCCAGGAGGAGUCCAAUUCCUUUUGAUAGGCCAGAUUUGAGGCGGACUGAUUCAUUAAGAAAACAGCACCAUUUGGAUCCCAGUUCAGCUGUACGAAAAACAAAACGUGAAAAAAUGGAAACCAUGUUAAGGAAUGAUUCACUAAGUUCAGAUCAAUCUGAAUCAGUUAGGCCUCCACCACCAAAGCCUCAUAAAACAAAAAAGGGGGGUAAAAUGCGCCAGGUUUCACUGAGCAGCUCAGAAGAAGAGUUGGCCUCUACUCCAGAAUAUACCAGCUGCGAUGAUGUAGAGAUUGAAAGUGAAAGUGUUAGUGAGAAAGGGGACAAUCAAAGGGGAAAAAGAAAAACUAGUGAGCAGGCAGUUUUGUUGGACUCUAACACCUUAUCUGAAAGACAAAAGAAAAUGGUGUGCUUUGGUGGCCACUCUUUGGAAGAGGACUUGGAAUGGUCUGAGCCUCAGAUUAAAGAUUCUGGGGUAGACACGUGUAGUAGCACAACUCUAAAUGAGGAGCAUAGUCAUAUUGAAAAGCAUCCUGUGACAUGGCAGCCGUCCAAAGAUGGAGACCGUUUAAUUGGCCGGAUUUUGUUAAACAAACGACUAAAAGAUGGAAGUGUGCCUAGAGACUCAGGAGCAAUGCUUGGACUGAAGGUUGUAGGAGGAAAAAUGACUGAAUCAGGCCGGCUCUGCGCAUUUAUCACCAAAGUUAAAAAAGGAAGUUUAGCUGAUACUGUGGGACACCUUAGACCGGGUGAUGAAGUAUUAGAAUGGAAUGGAAGGCUUUUGCAAGGAGCCACCUUUGAAGAAGUGUACAAUAUUAUUCUCGAAUCUAAACCAGAGCCACAAGUGGAACUUGUAGUCUCAAGGCCAAUUGGAGAUAUCCCCAGAAUACCAGAUAGCACACAUGCACAAUUGGAGUCCAGUUCUAGCUCUUUUGAAUCUCAAAAAAUGGACCGGCCUUCUAUUUCCGUCACCUCUCCCAUGAGUCCUGGCAUGUUGAGGGAUGUUCCACAGUUCUUGUCUGGACAACUUUCAAGCCAAAGCCUUAGUAGAAGAACAGCGCCUUUUGUUCCUAGGGUUCAGAUAAAAUUGUGGUAUGACAAGGUUGGUCAUCAGUUGAUAGUCACAAUAUUGGGAGCAAAGGAUCUUCCUUCAAGGGAAGACGGAAGGCCAAGAAAUCCUUAUGUUAAAAUUUACUUUCUUCCUGACAGAAGUGAUAAGAACAAAAGAAGAACAAAAACAGUAAAGAAAACUUUGGAACCCAAAUGGAACCAAACAUUCAUUUAUUCUCCAGUUCAUCGGAGAGAAUUUCGAGAACGAAUGUUGGAAAUUACUCUUUGGGACCAAGCACGUGUUCGUGAAGAAGAAAGUGAAUUUUUAGGGGAGAUUCUUAUUGAAUUAGAAACAGCACUGCUGGAUGAUGAGCCCCACUGGUACAAACUUCAAACACAUGAUGUCUCUUCAUUGCCACUUCCCCACCCCUCACCAUACUUGCCACGCAGACAGCUACACGGAGAGAGUCCCACACGAAGGCUACAAAAUAAAGGCUUAUAUUCAUAUAAUUCAGGGUCCAAACGAAUAAGUGAUAGUGAAGUCUCGGACUAUGAUUGUGAUGAUGGAAUAGGAGUAGUAUCAGAUUACCGACAUAAUGGAAGAGAUCUUCAAAGCUCAACACUAUCAGUGCCAGAACAAGUGAUGUCAUCCAAUCACUGCUCUCGGUCAGGGUCCCCUCACCGUGGAGACAGUAUAGGACGGACCAGAUCAUGGUCUCCCAGUGUCCCACCUUUACCAAGUAGGAAUGUGGAACAGGGGUCUCGAGGGACCCGAUCUACUCCUGCACAUUACAAUACCAUGAACCGAAUGGAUAGACAUCGAAUAAUGGAUGACCACAACUCCCCAGACAGAGAGAGGAGGAGUAGGCAGGAGGGAAGAGUGCCUAAAACAUAUUUUGAUGACACUGAUACUUCCCAUACUCCUGAAAGGUAUUACAAUGGUGCACGUUCAUGGGCAGAUCAUGUAGUCAAUGGUUCAGCUGAAAAUUACGGAAAAGUCUCAAUAGAUAAUAGAAGAAUAGCAUAUCCAAGGAUUGAAAUACAGCAGGCUUCCACAGAUACUGACAGAAGUGAAUCAGUGGAUGUUUUGGCAGAUCAAGCUUCCUAUUCAGAAAGUGAAUAUCUAGAACCAGAAGAAAACAUGAGGAAAUGGGAACCUAGACUACCAUAUCAAAGAUCCAGAUCAACAGAACAACGUCCUGUGCUAGAGCGGCCCAGCCCCCGCUCUCGAUCCACUGAGCGUCCUGACUCAAACCUCAUGAGAUCGAUGCCUUCAUUAAUGACUGGAAGAUCUGCCCCUCCCUCACCUGCCUUAUCGAGGUCUCAUGGUCGUACGGGGUCUGUCCAAACAAGCCCAUCAGGUACUCCAGUAGCAGGACGCAGAGGGAGACAGUUGCCACAACUCCCACCAAAGGGGACACUGGAGAGAAAUUAUGAGGAAAAACAUCAUACAUCUCUUAAUGGGAGAAAAGAAGUUACAUGGGAAGACCAGCAGACAAAGGUGAAUGGUACAAUAACUGAUGACAAAUCAUUGCCGAAAAAGAAACAUCAUACUGAGCCAGAAGAAGUGGAUUCAUCAAGGCGAAGAAACCCAGUGCCAGAGAAUGGGGAUGAAGGUGCUGUGGAUGUAGAAGAGAGAAAUCGCCAAAUGAAAAUGAGCAAGUACAAACAGGUAGCAGGAUCAGAUUCAAGGCUGGAGCAAGAUUAUCAUUCUAAGUAUCGGUCAGGGCGAGAUCCUCAACGAGGCUCUGACAAUAUCUCCAACAAGUCUUCCGACAGUGAUGUAAGUGAUGUGUCAGCGGUAUCAAGGACCAGUAGUGCAUCUCGCUUCAGCAGCACUAGCUACAUGUCUGUUCAAUCGGAACGACCAAGAGGGAACAAGAAAAUUAGAAGAUCAAGUGAGGAAAGAAAAGAGGGAGGGGAAGAAGGGGAGGAGGAGAUAUUUCCUGAGGAGGAGGUAUUUAUUGAGGAGAAGCAAGAAGAGGAAGAGGUGGAGAAUCAGGAAAAUGAGGAAAUUGUAAAGGAUGAACAAGUUGAUGAAAAGGGGGAAGGGGGAAGGGAAGAGGAGGCAGAAAAAUGUGAUAAAGAGGAGAACAAAGGACCUGAAGAAGAUGAAAGGGUUCAAGAUGAUCAAACUGAGGAAGGGGCAAAAACAAGCGAUAAAGAGGAGUUACAAGCGAGAUACUCACAAGAUGAUCUCAGUGUCUUUACAUCCAAAAUGCAAAGCAGACAGAUGGGCGCUUCUGGAAAGAACAUAACUAAGAGCACUAGCAUCAGUGGGGAGAUGUACACGCUUGAGAAGAAUGACGGCAGCCAGUCAGACACAGCAGUGGGCACUGUGGGAACAGGAGGCAAGAAGCGACGCUCCAGCAUUGGUGCAAAGAUGGUAGCCAUCGUGGGUCUUUCACGGAAAAGCAGAAGUACCUCACAGCUCAGCCAAACUGAAGCAGGUGGGAAAAAGUUAAAGAGCACAGUCCAGAGAAGCACAGAAACUGGGUUGGCUGUAGAGAUGAGAAACUGGAUGACACGUCAAGCCAGUCGAGAAUCCACAGAUGGCAGCAUGAACAGUUAUAGCUCUGAAGGGAAUUUGAUAUUUCCUGGUGUGCGGUUGGGUGCAGACAGCCAGUUCAGUGAUUUUCUAGAUGGACUUGGUCCUGCACAGCUUGUUGGACGUCAGACCCUGGCAACUCCAGCAAUGGGUGAUAUCCAGGUUGGAAUGAUGGACAAAAAGGGACAAUUGGAGGUAGAAAUAAUACGAGCUCGAGGCCUUGUUGUAAAACCAGGUUCAAAGACACUGCCAGCACCAUAUGUAAAGGUGUAUCUAUUAGAAAAUGGAGUCUGUAUAGCCAAAAAGAAAACAAAGGUGGCAAGAAAAACGCUGGAACCUCUUUACCAGCAGCUGUUGUCAUUUGAAGAGAGUCCCCAAGGGAAAGUUUUACAGAUUAUCGUGUGGGGAGAUUAUGGACGUAUGGAUCACAAAUCCUUUAUGGGAGUGGCACAGAUACUUUUAGACGAACUGGACCUGUCCAAUAUGGUGAUUGGCUGGUUCAAACUGUUUCCCCCUUCAUCCUUAGUAGAUCCAACUUUGGCCCCUCUUACAAGAAGGGCUUCCCAGUCGUCUCUUGAAAGUUCAACGGGACCGUCUUACGCUCGCUCAUAGCAGCUGUGAAACUGGUGUCAUAACAACCAGCGUUACAAAAAUUUUUAAAAAUUAACAGGUCGCAAACCCUGGUAACACUGCAUGCUUAAUGUUGUGUCUUCGGAGCCUGUUUCUAGGGCUAUAAAGCGAUCCUGUGUUCUCAGAGGAAGUUGCACACAUUGUGCUCUAAAGGAAGUCCUCAGGUGAAGGAGUGGAGCUGGAAGAACUGAAUGGUUUAGAGUUCAGUGACACUCAAGUUUUAGUCCAAUCUGAAGCCAUGGAUUAAACUAAAAGAACCAAGCUGUCUCAUGCAACAAGAGUCCCUUUCAAUGGCACAUCUAUUUUCUUGCUCCCUUUUCUUUAUCUGCCCCUUCUCCCCACCCUCCACCCACACCCUGCCCAAGCCUGGUGAUGCCACAGACAUGGAGCUACUCAAAGAAGCCAUUAUGCAAGUCAGUGGAAAGAUGGAAGAAAAGAGGGCCAUUACAGGAAAGCCAGUUGUCAUUACAGUUGCUCAGAAGCAGAGGAAAUGCACCUUAUAGAAAGGUUGAAGACUUACAGUGGCAGGCUUCAUAACUCCAGCUACUGCUAGAGUCAAAUCCAGUGUGUGGACUCUGAAAAAAAAAUUCUGUGGCUAUACUGUACUGUAUGAAAAUUAAAGAAACUUUUUUGCAUGGACACAGAUUAUGCUGAACACUUAAAAUUAUUUUCUUGGGGCUGCAACUUGCAAAAAAAAAAAAAGAAUAAAUCAGCCAUUUUCAACAAUUUAUAUUAUUUUUAAAAAUAAAUUUCACUAGUGCAUGGUUUUAAAAGGGAGAGAAUGCAACAGAGUGAUAAGACGCACCACGUUUCUCAUUCUUUAAACCAAUUAUGGUCUGUGUUUUUGCAGACAUCAAUGAAAAAUAAAUAAUUUCUAGCAAAUAUUUAAAAAAUUAUGUUUAUGUGACAAGAAAUAAGUGUAAUAUAUAAAAUUUAUUUAAAUGUAAAAGGUACAAGCCUUGUAAAGUUCAACAAUAUGUUCAAAAUUGUACAAUUCUUUUCCCCUUCUUGUCUGUUCUUCCCUCCUUUUGCCCUCCCAUUUCCUACCUCCCAGGAUGAUCAUGAUACUCUGAAACUGCUACUUUUUGACUUACUACUCUCAUGCCCCACAUUUGGUUCAGGGUUGCAGAUAAUUCUGCAUUUCUGAAUUCUUUGAGUAAAACUAUUGUUUAAGAACUUUUUUCAAGCAUGUUGAAAAGGAUUUUGCAACAUGGCUUGGGGAGUACAUUACAAUAAUUCAGCAUGUAUUUGAUAAAAAAUGAACUUUUUGCAGUUUAUUGUACAGUGCAUGGAAACUUUCUUUUUUUCUCACCUUCAAAUUAAAUUCUACAGCAAAAUACUGGAAUCAUGUGGCCAUUUGUAAAAUGUCUUCAAUAAAUUUGUUUUCCGCACCAGCA